CCACCGAUACACAUUACAUACAUAUCAGAAGAAAACAUUCCCUCCUCUCCUUGUCUCUCUCUCUCUCUCUCUGCAGUCUACACCUACUAAGUCCGCCAUGGUGUUUCCGUACAUGGAAGCUGUUAUUGGUUUUAUGAUAUUGAUGUAUAUCUUUGAAACUUAUCUUGACACGCGGCAGCAUGCUGCUCUUAAACUGCCCACACUUCCAAAAACUUUGGAAGGAGUGAUCAGUCAAGAAAAGUUUGAAAAAUCCCGAGCCUAUAGUCUUGAUAAAAGCAACUUCCAUUUUGUUCAUGAGUUUGUAACUAUACUGUGGGACUCUGCAAUUUUGUUAUUUGGGUUAUUGCCCUGGUUUUGGAAGAGAUCAGGAGACUUUGUUGUUUCUAUCGGCCUUAAUGCAGAGAAUGAGAUAUUACACACACUUGCAUUCUUAGCUGGUGUUAUGUUCUGGUCACAGAUUACUGAUUUGCCAUUUUCUCUGUACUCAACAUUUGUGAUCGAGACCCGCCAUGGUUUCAACAAACAAACAAUAUGGUUAUUUAUUAGGGACAUCAUCAAAGGAAUCGUCCUAUCUAUUGUAAUUGGGCCGCCUAUAGUGGCUGCAAUCAUUGUAAUAGUACAGAAUGGAGGUCCCUACUUGGCCAUCUAUCUUUGGGGGUUUAUGCUUGUUCUGUCGCUUGUGAUGAUGACUCUUUAUCCUAUUUUAAUAGCACCACUUUUCAACAAGUUCACACCACUUCCAGAUGGAGUGCUUAGGGAGAAAAUUGAGAAGCUUGCUUCGUCCCUCAAGUUUCCCUUAAAGAAGUUGUUUGUUGUUGAUGGAUCCACAAGGUCAAGCCAUAGCAAUGCUUAUAUGUAUGGAUUUUUCAAGAACAAGCGCAUUGUCCUUUAUGACACAUUGAUUCAGCAGUGCAAAAAUGAGGAGGAAGUAGUUGCUGUUAUUGCACAUGAACUGGGUCAUUGGAAGCUUAAUCAUACAAUGUACUCUUUCAUCGCUGUUCAGAUUCUCACAUUCUUGCAAUUCGGAGGAUAUACACUUGUUAGGAACUCGAAUGAUCUGUUCCAGAGCUUUGGUUUUGAUACGCAGCCAGUCCUCAUUGGACUAAUAAUAUUUCAGCACACUGUCAUACCUCUCCAGCACCUUGUCAGCUUUGGUCUUAAUCUUGUAAGCCGAUCUUUCGAGUUUCAGGCUGACGCCUUUGCUAAGAAGCUUGGUUAUGCAUCAGCACUUCGAGCUGGUCUUGUGAAACUGCAGGAAGAAAAUUUGUCAGCUAUGAACACGGAUCCUUGGUACUCUGCUUAUCACUAUUCUCAUCCUCCCCUUGUUGAAAGAUUGGCUGCUAUUGAUGAACCUGAUAAAAAGACGGACUGAGGAAAUCCUGAAGUGAACACAGAAUUAGUUCAUUUUAUACCUUUGAGUCAGAGCGUCAUUUUAUACUUUUGGAGUGGAAUGUGAGAAUCUAUAGCUUUAAUACCACUUUCCUUGUGAAUUCUGUUGGAAUCUUACUAAAAUUCCACGGAAUUAAGGAUGAGGAGUAAAAGGAAGGAAAAGUGGUAAAGGAAGUAGCUUAAUGUAAUUCUAAACUAGAUGUGUUUGUUUUGAACUGUUCCAGUCUUGCAAUAUAUCUCUAUUUACAAGUAUUA